AUGGAGGAAUUGCGCUGCGCCGCCAUCAUCGCGAAUCUCGAGGGCAUCAAGCACCUCGCAAUGUGGAUGGGCGAAUUCACAAAAUCCACAAGCAUCGCAAACCUCGACAAUCGUGUUCGGCGCCUCGAGACGAGCUUCUGCAUAACGUCUCCGCCUCCUGUUACGGAACCUACUUGGAAGGGUCUCGUAUGGAGAGUAUGGAGACUGCGGAGCAGGAUUCCCCGAGACACAGUAAACGAGCUCGAGGCCGAUGCUUCCACGGCUGGCAAGGACCUCGUGUCCAUGAUUCGUGAUUCGUCGGAGAUAACGCUCGCGGAUGUCACGAGCGCGGUUCACAGCAUCAAAGGCGUCAAAAAACUUGAUCCAGACGACAAGUUUGACAGUGAUGACGCGCAGUUGAGUUAUUGUCUACAGGUCCUCUGUAAUGUGAUUGGGGAGAACCAGAGCCUGCUUGGAUGCAUUCCCAUGACCAUCGUGGAUAUAUAUGCUACCGCCGUGCGCGUCUCGAUUCAGUUUGAGAAGAACGGCCGCUGGGGUCCUCAUCUACCCGGGAUGAGACCGCCACAUGUGCCUGCGCGCUGUGGCACGAAGCCGGCGAAGCCAUGCUGUGGCUGUUGCAGCUGCUUCUGCCAUAAUAACAGGCCGGGUGGGAUUACUGUUCCCCCUCCUGCCAGGCGAGGCCGUGUGCCGGCGAGGAGAGCGCCCCGAUGUAGGGAAAGAAGCACGUCUAGUGAGCGUUCUGAGAGGUCUGUGAGAGAAAAGCCUUCGCGAUUUGAGUGGUUCAGGAAGCUGUGCUUUUGGAAGAGGGACACGGUGAAGGAUGAUGAGUCUAUCUCGUCGUCCGACGGGUCUAGGACUAUUGUUGAUUGA